UUUUCUUGAUUAAGAAAUAUCAUCCGAGGUCAGGCCCUUUAACUCAGCGUGGCAAGAAGUUAUGUAGCUGAUAUAACAAGGCAAUGAAGCACUAGCUUGCAAUGGUUUGAGAGUUACUAUUGGCCUAGAAGCAACAGCGUAAACUGCAAUUCAUAAAUAUUCCAGUUCACUGUUAUAUGUAAUUUAGACUGAUUUAGCCUAGAAUAUAUUGUGUUUAAAGUGCCACGUUACAGCAUCCAUGUGUUUUCAGGAGGCUGAUUGAUUCAUAUAGGUUACAGUUUUUAACAGAUUUACAAUUUAUCAUCGUAUUGAAAUUGAAAGCUUUAGCUUUCUUGAUUAAAUUUCUGAGUUGCCCCUAACACUUUAAGAUCAUCUGAAGGAGUUGGAUACUCGUAACCUACUGUGACAGAAUGCAUACCCGUACUUGUUCGUUUUGGCUUUCGUGUUCAUAUUUUUGAUCAUUUCUCUCUUGUUGGAUAAGACGUGUACAUGUGGAUCGUUUUUUUUUAUUAGAUUUAUUCUUUUAUCGCAAGAAAGGAUUAUUUUAAUUUAUAAAAUUACACUUUGUGUUAAAGUGGUUAUUGCCAUUUAAUCAUGUCAACGAACGGAAGUGCGCGUGCAAGAACGGCUAUGAGUGCCUCGUCUUCAAGUAGCCAUCGUUCGGUACUAGAUUACGGAGUGAGUCGUCCCAGUACUUCCUUCAAGUCAGUUGAGAAACACUCUUCAGCAUCUCCGAGUAGACAAUCAGUAUUUCGGAGUGGAAACCGAAAUGUAUUCACAGAUCUAUUAGGAGGGAGUAGUCGUGUGACAAGUUCGUAUGUUCCACCACAGAAAACGACGCCUAAAGGUCCAACAGGAAGCAGAAUGCUAUUCACAGGUCCCGAUCAAUCCGAUUCACAUCGUAUUCAGGUUGGAGACAAAGGAAAAUACGUCGGGUUUCGACCAUUAUCCAAGGAAGUGACAUCAGAUUCCGAGUAUUUGUACAGACCAUGCAAGGGCGACGAACCAGCAAUGCGGAUGCGCCACGAGAGAGUCGGAGAAAUAGGGUGGAACGUUCCAAAGCUGUGGAGGUUAAGCAAACUUGAAAAAUCACUUGCAUCCUGAAACUGAACACAACUUAGCCAGGAUGACAUGAUCAAAACAAGGAUAAUUGAAACGCCCAUUGAAUGGCAUUGCUAGCCAAUGUUUCCUGUUAUAAUGUGCCCUGUUUUUAAGUGCUAUUUGGUAUUCUUGUAAAAUGAAUCCACGAGUGUUCGUGACACAAUAAAGGAACAGCUUGGUAAUCGAUAAAACAAAAAUACGCUUUGCAUCCCAAACAGCUCCUAUCUAUCCACGCAUUAGGGAGAAUAAAGUUGACUAUUAUUCAAGAAUAUGACAGCUACUAGCUACAUGAAGAAAACGUAAAACUUUCUCACUUUUUUCUCUGAAUCAAAUUCAAGACCAUCGAUUGAAAAAUCGUGGAAUUAAGUAUUGCACGCUAAUAUAACUAGAAAUCCUAGAAAUAAUAAUCCUCAUCCCAUGCAUGUUAAUGCUUUUUUUUACUUUAUUUCUUUUAUCAUUGUAGGAUUGUCUCACUUUUGCUAUCAACAAAGGAUUUAUUUAGAAAUAGUUAUUAAAGCUUUUGUUUCGAAGUCUGUUGAUUCAAUUUUAUUGUUCCACAGGAUAGUUUCAGACUUUAUGUUUCAGGCGGAAUAUGGUCAUAGCGUCAUAAGAAUUGUAGAAUAUAAAGCCGAAGUUCAAUGUUUAUAUUAGAGCAUUUCUUUAAGAUCGAAAAAAGUGAAACGUUUCGCUUUUCGAGUUAUACAGGUCAGAACGUCAAACACUAAAAGUUUCAGAGAUCCGGCCACCAUAUUUGUUGUAGCAUGUUCUUUUUCAUUAGAUAUUAAUA